AUGGAAGCUGUACCCCCGGGUGCUCAGGGAUGUGUCAGUAAUGGACCUGUCAACCUCAGUCUUGGGACAGAAGAUCAGCAUGCCAAUCUGCGUUGGAGCCACCGCUAUGCAGCGCAUGGCUCACGCUGACGGAGAGACGGCUACUGCUAAAGCCUGUCAUGCAAUGGGGACAGGGAUGAUGCUGAGCUCCUGGGCCACCUCUUCCAUUGAAGAAGUGGCUGAAGCAUCUCCAGCUGGCCUUCACUGGCUGCAACUUUAUGUGUACAAAGACCGAGAGGUUACCAAAUCCCUCGUGAAGCGUGCGGAGAGAGCGGGCUACAAAGGGAUCUUUGUGACGGUGGACACGCCUUUCCUCGGCAGGCGUUUUGACGACGUGCGCAACAGGUUCCAGCUUCCUCCCCAUCUCAGAUUAAAAAACUUUUCAAGCAGCAACCUGGCAUUCUCCUCAGGGAAAGACUUUGGAGAAAACAGUGGACUGGCUGUGUACGUAGCCGAGGCGAUUGAUGCAAGCGUCAAUUGGGAGGACAUCAAAUGGCUUCGAGGGCUGACCUCACUGCCCAUCGUCGCAAAAGGAAUCCUGAGAGCUGAUGAUGCUAAAAAAGCUGUAAAUAUUGGGGUAAAUGGAAUCCUGGUGUCAAAUCAUGGAGCACGACAGCUUGAUGGGGUCCCUGCAACUAUUGAUGUCUUGCCUGAAAUUGUGGAGGCUGCGGAGGGAAAGGUGGAGGUGUUCCUGGAUGGUGGUGUAAGAAAAGGCACAGACGUCCUCAAAGCAUUGGCUCUGGGUGCCAAAGCUGUAUUCAUUGGAAGACCUCUCAUCUGGGGCUUGGUUUAUCAAGGUGAAGAAGGAGCAAAAGACGUUCUCCAGAUGCUGAAGGAAGAGUUUCGCCUGGCAAUGGCACUGACAGGAUGCCAGAAAGUAGAAGACAUUGACAGCACACUGAUACGGCGAUAUCAAGGAUUGUUUUCCAAGAUUUAG